AUGGCACAAGCACAUGCGCAGGCUACCACCAAUCUUGAACAGGCAUUGCGAGAAAUGCAACUCAAGUUGCUCAAACUUAAGGACGUCAACAAGGAGUUGACGGAAGAGAACAGGAUCCUCAAGGCAAAUCAGCCGAAGCAGAAGAAGAAGGGUCAAAACAUCCCCAAGGGACACAUGGCCUUUGAUGAAGAAAUCUGCCUAUGUGCUCGCAAAUACAGUACCUGCUAUGAAAUGUUUGUGCCAGACAGGCAACUCCUUCAGCAUCCAAAUCCCACGUUCGCUCCACCUCUCAAUGAACUGUCAUGCUAUGAAACGCCAGCCUCAAUAGAGUCAGCCCUGCUAUCCAAAUUGUUCAGUCUGCUUCCGUCACAUAUUCACCCUCUUUUCUUGGAGCUGAUCGUACUCAAGUUUGAGGAUGCGAUGAACAGUAGCCGCGCAUCUGAAAUCAAGAAACUGCACUCCAAAGUCGGGCUCAUUUUUGGUCUCCCUGAACAGUACUUCAGUGAUACAGCAUACAAUCGGGCAUCUGUGCCCGAGAUCCAGCAUCGCCUUGGUAUCACUACAUCACAGCGCACUCCCAAGCCUUUCCCACCUAUCCUUUUUCCUAACCCGGUUGAAGAUGCAUCUCUGAAGACACUCUUUGGAAACUGGGAAAUCUUCGGGAAGGCCAUCUGGAUAGUACUGUGGGGCGAAAAUUGGUUGACUGCACUACGAGCAGGAGGACCACCAUGCAAUGGUCAUAAGUGGGGGGUGACGUCUUUGACACCCGGUCUCUUGUCAUGGGUGGCAGUUGUUGUUAUCUUUCUGCUCAGUGCGGACAAUGAGUUUCGCUAUUCCGGAAAGGGUGAGACCACGAAGAUACAGUAUAACUAUAUGUUCUCCUCAUACAAGAAGAUUCUCAUCAAGAACUGGACCACAGAAUACACAUGCGACAUCGUGAAGAAACUCAAUAAUUUCAUUUUCACCCAUGGUUCAAGAGCAGCCAGUUCAAUGUCGGAUGACAAGGAUUUCACAGCGGCAAUGGAUCGUGCCUUGGUGGGUGUAACUGAAGGCGAGGAGAGUGUUGUGCAGCCUGACCUGUUGCUGGUGUGGGUACAACAAGUGCAGCAGAGAGAAGUCAAUCUACUACACAGUUGGGUCUUUGCUGCCUGCUGCCUCGCUUGGGAACAAGUGCGUUCGACCCUUAAGGGGAUUGCCACUGGGGAAACACUAGUCUCUGUCUAA